AUGUCUUCUGUACCCCCACGUAGACCACCCUACGACGCAGAACUGCUGGCUGGGCUUUCUGCCAUCCCUAUCCCAGCAUUCACGGCAGAGAACCUUCAAGCAGCGCGAGGCUUUUUCCCCACCAAUGCGAACCAUCUCACUGCGGAUGGCACCAUUGGACACACACAGCGGACUUUCAAAGGCCCAGAAAGUGACCUUACCAUUUCCAUCUUCCGCCCAACCAACUCGAAAUCUCCGUCUCACAGCCCCCGUCCUUGCUUCUACUCGACCCACGGCGGGGGCAUGAUUGUCGGCACCCGUUUCACCAAUAUCGACGAAAUCGUGGUCUGGCUCAAAGAAUUCGACGCCAUCUGCGUCUCCAUCGAGUACCGCCUCGCUCCCGAGCACCCAGACCCCGCCCCGAUCGAGGACUCUUAUGCAGGCCUGUUAUACACCCACGAGCAUGCCGCUGACCUUGGCAUCGACCCCUCCAAGAUCAUUCUCGCUGGCACAUCUGCAGGCGGCGGCCUCGCGGCGGGACUGUCGCUUCUCGCUCGUGACCGCCACGGUCCCAAGCUCCUCGGGCAGUUACUAAUAGCUCCUAUGCUGGACGAUCGGGACCUUCAUUACGUCUCACGCCACCAGCUGGCCGAUGCGGUGGUGUGGAACCUUUCAAAUAACAAAUACGCAUGGACGAGCUUGCUGGGCGAACGAGCCGAAGGUAACAACGUCAGCUGCUACGCCGCGCCUGGACGGGCGGAAGACUUGUCGGGGCUGUCGCCGGUAUAUAUUGAUGUGGGCUCGGCGGAAUUAUUUCGGGAUGAGGAUAUAGCGUAUUCAUCGAGGUUGUUGGAGUACGGCGUGCAAGUGGAACUGCACGUCUGGCCAGGCGCCUUUCACUGGUCGGAUGCGAUGGGGCCGACCCAUCCUCUUUCGAAACAUGCUAUGGCAACACGCAUAGAGUGGCUGCGACGUCUUUUGAAAACAGCCUUAUAG